AUGGUAAUUGAAGGGAUUGUGCUAGGCCACAAAAUCUCUGGUGAUGCGAUUGAAAUUGACAAGGCCAAGCUAGACACAAUUGAGAAACUUCCUUCACCCACUUCUGCAAAAGAUGUUCAAAGUUUCCUAGGGUGGGAAAUUUUGGAGCACAAUCAUUCUGGAACAGUAGGUGGUCAUUUUAGUGUAAAUCGCACUACUGAGAAGAUAUUAGAAGCUGCACUGGCACUUCCCACAAAUGAUGCAAGAGUGGUAGUUAAGUUUUUGAAGAAGUUGUUCUCUUGGUUUGGCACUCCUAGAGCAAUCAUCAAUGACAUGGGUACUCCCUUUUGCAACACUCAGUUUGAAAAAGUGAUGAAGAAAUAUGGGGUUGAAGUUAAAAAUUGUGAGCUAAAGAGAAUUCUCGAAAAGACAAUACAUCAUAACUGGUGUGAUUGGUUAGAACGAUUGGAUGAUGUUCUCUGGGCUUACAGAACAUCAUAUAAAACGUCCACCGGACAUACACCAUAUCUUUUGGUUUAUGGCAAAGCGUGUCAUCUAUCUGCCGAGCUUGAGCAUCAAGCAUAUUGGGUAAUUAAAUUGUUGAAUUUGGAUAUGAAGAAUGUACAGAAAAAAUGGAAGUACCAGUUGAAUGAAUUAGAGGAGCACAGAUUGAAUGCAUAUGAGAAUACACUCUUGUACAAAGAGAAAAUGAGAAGAAUUCAUGAUGAUCACCUCAGGAAAGAGAAACAAUUUCAAGUUGCGAAGCAAGUUCUCCUUUUUAACUCAAGGUUGAAGCUUUUCCCUGGAAAACUCAUGUCUCAUUAG